GGUCAAGCAAAAGGUGGACACAUCUGUGGUUGAUGACGUACGGAGCCGAUUUGAUUGAUCGCCUGAAGUUUUUAAUUGGGACUUCCAACUUUUUACGGAUUCAGAGAACUCGCGGGAUUUUUAAAACAUAUUUUAUUACAAGAUUUUGAUACUUGCAUGUUUUUGGCACUGUGAGAAGCGCUAAGAGGGAUCUAUUGUUACUUAUUACUGCUGCUUUUAUUGCUUCAAAUAGGUUUUAUUGAUUGUCUGCGUUUUCGAAAUAACUUUAGAGUAAAAAAAAUAUUUAAAACUAAAUUUAUUUAGUUUAUUCAUUUUAUUUUAUUGUAUUAUUAUUUAUUAUUUUUUAUCAUUUAUUUUAUUUUUAUUAUUUAUUGUAUUUAUGUAUUAUUGUUUAUUAUUUUAUUUUAUUUUAUUAUUAUUUAUUUUAUUGUAUUAUUAAUGUAUUUAUUUUACAUUUAUUUAAAACUAAACUAACUUUAAAACGUAUUUAAAGUUGUUUCUGAAAGCUUUAAUCAGUGAUUUUUUUUUUUUUUUUUUCUUAAGUCAGGGUGAAAUAUUGCAUGUGAAAUGGCAUAUUCAUAAUACUUUAUUUGGUGAGCUUUACCCAAAACCAGCUAAAUCAGCACCACUUUUCUUUGCUCACAUUCAAAGUGAAUAUAAAAAUGAGCAGCCCUCGCAGGAGUCGAUCAGAGGACGAGCAGAAAGCCAUGGGUGAAAGCCCGGUGCACAAGCCCGAGACGUCCCGGUACCGCAGCUGGAGCGGCCUGCGCUUCUCCCGGUGGAAGAGCGGCUCUCAGCGGGCCAGCCCGCCGGGCACCCCCUCCCCGACGACGGAGAAGCGGAGCGACGUGACCCGCACGCUGCUGUCCCUGGUCCAGACACACAACGAGGACUACGUCGCAGACCCCGACGGGCUGCUCGAGCCCAGCGGAGACGGCGAUGGAGGGAUCGAGAACCUCCUCCAGGACCAUUCCACCUUUUUCCAGAAGAAGUUUGGAUCCAUGUUGCAACCGGGGGUUAACAAGUUUUCCCUGCGCAUGUUUGGCAGCCACAAGGGGGUCGUUGCUGAGCAGGAACGAGUCAAGAGCUUUGGAGUGUGGAUCAUUCACCCCUACAGUGAUUUCAGGUUUUACUGGGAUAUUGUGAUGCUUCUGUUGAUGAUGAGCAAUCUGGUGAUUUUACCGUGGGGAAUCACCUUCUUUGAGGACCAGAACACCAUGCCCUGGAUCACUUUCAACGUCCUGUCGGACACUCUCUUCCUCAUGGACCUGGUCUUCAACUUCCGUACUGGUAUCUUGGGAGAGGACAGUCACAUCAUCCUGGACCCCAAACAAAUCCGCACAGUUUACCUCCACAGCUGGUUCCUGGUAGACUUUGUCUCCUCCAUCCCUGUCGACUACUUCUUCCUCAUCGUUGACCUGGAGGCCCGUCACGACUCGUCUGAGGUGUACCGUACCGCCCGCGCCCUUCGCAUUGUGCGUUUCACCAAGAUCCUUAGUCUACUGCGUCUUCUCCGACUGUCCCGCCUUAUACGAUACAUUCACCAGUGGGAAGAAAUUUGUCACAUGACAUAUGACCUGGCCAGUGCUGUGGUGCGCAUAGUCAAUUUGAUUGGCAUGAUGCUGCUCCUGUGCCACUGGGACGGCUGCAUGACCUUCAUGGUGCCUAUGCUGCAAGACUUUCCCCCAGACUGCUGGGUGUCUAAAAACAACAUGGUGAAUGCAACCUGGCAAAUGCAAUACUCCCACGCCUUGUUCAUGGCCAUGAGUCACAUGUUAUGUAUCGGAUAUGGUGCUAACCCUCCAGAGAGCACGAGUGACGUCUGGCUCACCAUGACCAGCAUGGUUAUUGGAGCCACCUGCUACGCCAUGUUCUUGGGUCACGCAGCUAACCUGGUCCAAUCCAUUGAUGCGUCACAUCGCCAGUAUCAAGAGAAGUAUAAGCAAGUGGAACAGUACAUGUCGUUCCACAAACUGCCAGCGGACGUAAGGCAGAGGAUCCAUGAUUAUUACGAGCAGCGAUUCCAAGGCAAGAUGUUCGAUGAAGACAGCAUCCUCGGAGAGCUCAGUGAUCCACUGAAGGAGGAGAUCGUCAGCUAUAACUGUCGGGGGCUUGUAGCCAACAUGCCGCUCUUCGCCAACACCGAUCCUCAUUUUGUGACAGUGAUUCUCACCAAGCUGCGUUUCGAAGUCUUCCAACCAGACGACUUUAUCAUACGAGAGGGGACGCUGGGUAGGAAAAUGUACUUCAUCCAGCAUGGCACGGUCACAGUCAUACCACGCGGAAGCAAGGAGAUCCAGCUCAACGAUGGAAUGUAUUUUGGGGAGAUUUGCCUGCUAACGCAGGGGCGACGCACGGCCAGCGUGAUGGCCGACACGUACUGUCGCCUUUACUCCCUGAGCGCAGACGACUUCAACGAGGUCCUGGAGGAGCAUCCUCUGAUGAGGAGGGCGUUUGAGAGCGUGGCCGUGGACCGACUGGACCGAGUUUCACGCAGGCCCAGUUAUCAGCCUCCAACAACGGAGUUUCAGGGACUCCCUGAACAGUUAAAGAGAGAGACUCCAGUCAGAGAAUAGCAGAUUUGUCACUUUUUCACUAAUCUUCACCUCUUAACAAGGACAUUUUUGAUGCAAAUUCAAAUUAUUUGUUUUUUACUACAACAGAGGGAGACCCUAAAUGUUAAUAAUUACGACAGUAUUGCACUACUUGGAUAAAAAUAUUGUACCUUCGAAUUAUGUAUUUUUGUUACAUAAUGUCAAUAUAUUUAUUAUAUGCUAUUGUUUGUUUAAAUCUUUAUUCAUUGUUCAGUUUGGAUCAGGCAUAUAAUUUACAAACUUAAUAGACUUUUAUCAAGGCUUUCUUCUUGUUUCUCAAGCAAAUAUAAUUUACUUUUCAACCAGCAGUGUCCUUAGAUCAUCUAAUUAUAAAUAUGGCAUUAAGAAUAUUUCAGUAGCAGUUCUGCAUAUUCUUUAGAACUGCAGCGCUAAGUUGAUUAUCUGUCAAAUCAUUUAUUGUGGAUAUUGAUUGCAAACAGUAUAAUAGCAGCAAUUGGUAAUUCAUUACAGAGGUUUCUGAUUCAAAUGAUCCCUCAGGUUUGUUGUAGGUUGCAUCAUAAAAUGUGCACAGAAAAUAGUUGCAGCAAACCAUGUCAGAUUGUUGUUGCAUGUCAUUGCAUUUUCCUAACUUUCCAUAUGAAGAUAUUACAACAAAUUAAUUACGUUCCUCAUAAAAUGUUUUCCGAAUUUAUUCAGAAUCAGAAUCAGAAUCAUAAAAAGGUUUAUUGCCAAGUUUGUUAAACACACACAAGGAAUUUGUUGUGGUGAUUGGUGCAAUACAAUACAAGAGCAAAUAUGUAAUGAAAAGAGAGAAAAUGUACAAGCAAAAAUGUACAACAUGAGGUUUUUAAAGUGCCGGAUAUGAGUCUGUGCAAAAGUGACUUAGGAUGUGCGUUAAUGUAACGCAUAAGGUCAGGAUUGGAGUCUUUAUGUUAAUGUAACGUAGAGUGGGAUGGGGGGACAGUCCGUGGUAGACGGACACUAAUGAAUUAUGGGAAUAAAUAUGCAAACAGGCUAACUUUUACAAACAAUGUUACAUAGUUACAGAUUGAGGGGAAAGUUCUUACUGUAUAUUUUCAUUUUUAUAAGCGAUCAAUGUGUAAUUAAAGUUAACCUGUGCAGGAAAAGCACAUCUCAUAGUAUCUCAUAGUAUCUAAAAUGUCCCCUUUCUCUUACAUCACAGUUAGUCAGUCAAUAAUAUCAUCAGUUAUUGUAAUAAAUAACAACACCUUUUUCAACUAAAUAUUCCCCAGUUUAAUUGAUUUUAGUUUUGUUUGUAUGCUAAAAUGCAGGUUUUGUCAAAUAUGGGCUUAAUCCUGAAAGCAUCAGUCCAAUUACUUUAAUAUUAGUAAUAAGAACUGUUCUCAGGUUAAUUUAGGAGGAAAAUGUAUUUUACCACUUCUAGUUAUCCCACAAAUAGGUUUAUUCUCAACCAAAAUUCUUUUGUAUUCUAUGUAUUCAUUCAGACUUAACCCUAACAGUGAUGCAAUGUAUUAUUAUGCCCUUGAAAAAAUAAAUCUAAAAUUAUUUUUCCUAUUCACUUGCUUUCAAAAAUGUUGUCAUUUUAACAAUACAUGUAUCAUUUUAUUAUAUUAGCUUUGAAGUACAAGUAUUAUAUGCUUACAGUAUGGGAUCUACAGGAGAAAGACAAAGGCUAAACCAAAGAACACCAGCUCAAAUUCAUACACCAGAGCCUUAUUUUGAACAAGAAUGUUUAAGACGAUACCAGGUUUUGUAAUUCAGGUCCGUUUUUUAACUUAAUUUACAUGUAAAUGUAUUGAAAACUUGCUAUAAAAGCCAUCAAGCAUAUGCAGAGGCAGGCACAGCAGGGAUAAGUGUUUCUUUCUUUUGCAAAAGAAUACCACUAUUCAGUAGCAAAUAGAAUCUCGAUCAGGGGUCCCGUUCCUCCUCAGGGCCCCUGGACACAACCUUAUAAAUACAGGGAGAAACCAAUUAAAAAACUAUUGCAACCGUGUUGUAUUGUUUUUUCCUUGCUGGGUUCCCUUACUGCUAUACUUCUGCUAUACUGCCGUUAUUCUUUCUAUAUUUGAUACAAAGAAAAAGUUUGGUUACCCUGGAAUCAACUUUGAUUUCCAGGGGUAACACCAGCAGGCACAGAGGAAACGUUUUCUAGAAACCAUUGAGUAUGCAGACAGUCAUGGUAAUGAAGCAUGUGAAGGCAGCCAUCUUGGUUGUUUUGAAUAACUGUUUUUGGAUGGGCCUGUAUGAGAAUGAGAGACUAACUAAGCAAGACAAAACAAGAGUAAAUCUACGUCCGGGUCAUAGAAGCUAUUCAACCUCAGAGUUGAGGCAAUUGCGGAAUGAAGAAAAAUAGCAGUUCCUUGACUGAGGCUUGGCUCCAAAAGAGACGUUUUUAGAUUAGAUCCAGCUAUUAUCACUGGAUGAUGAACGAGUGUUUUCACAUGCGUUGGAUAAUAUAAAGGCAGGGUGUGUUACUUGCCAGCCCGUGCCUGAAGGCGAAUAGAGGGAAGGG